AUGAAGACUAGGGUGGCGGACAUUUGGUGUCAAGAGGGAUGGAGGUGGCCGAGGAAUUGGAUUGAUCGGUUUCCGGUUUUGGCUAAUCUUAGUCCACUUUCGCUAGUUGCUACAAAGCGUGAUAACCUUGUAUGGAAAAAUAGAUCGGGAACGCAAGUUGACUUCAGCACCUCGGCGGUUUGGGAUGAUAUCCGGAAUGGUCAAGACUUGGUUCCAUGGUAUGACGCAAUAUGGUUUCCUCAAGCUAUACCGAGACAUGCUUUUAUAAUGUGGCUCAUUGUUAACAAAAAGCUCAAGACGCAAGAUGUUAUGAGCAGGUGGAACUCUUCGGGAAAUGCUAACUACAAUCUGCUAUGUUGUUCUUUAUGCACAUUAGGCCCCGAUUCUCAUGAGCAUCUCUUCUUCGAGUGCUCUUUUGGGUUGCAAAUAUGGAAUGGAGUGAAAGGCUUAGCGGGUAUGGAAGAGGUGGGUAAUAAGUGGGAUAGUAUUUACGAGUAUUUGGUGCGCUUUGGCAGGUCUAAAAGUGCGAGGAUUGUUAUUGGAAAGCUAGUGGUGGGAGCAACAGCUUACUUUGUUUGGCAAGAACGGAAUGUGCGUCUCUUUUCAACAAACAAAAGGAGUGCUUCACGGCUUGUAGAGAUUAUUUUGGCAACAGUAAGGAUGAAACUUCACACGAUGAGGUUUAAAAGAACAUGUCAAGUGGAGCGAGUUUUACAAGAGUGGAGCUUGCCGAGAGGUUUGCUGGUUGACGAUGAUGAUUGCGGCUAA